GACGCGUUCUACCAACUGCGGUGAGACCCACCCUCACUCGACAUCCCGGACGCCAUGAACGGUUUCGUCAGCGAGAGCACGACGGCAGCAGUAGUUCUUCUUAUAUUAUUCCACCUGCGCUUCACCUCAGCAUUCGCUGGGGGUAAGCUCCCUAUCUCGAAUGGAGCUCCGAAGUUGCGAGCGGGGCAAGCCAUGCGUGACAUGUGCGCAGCCGUGUCUAUGCCCAGCUUCGAAGCGCAGGGAGUGCCUGAAGUGUUUCUGCAGUCGAUCAGGGAGGAACCAUGGCGUGGAACCCUCCAGCCUUGCAUAGACCACCCCCUGACUGAGAUCGAGGUGACGGGCAAGGUGCCGAAGACCCUGGAAGGCACACUUUUCCGCAACGGUCCUGCGAGGAAUUGGGAGGGUGAGCGGAUGUAUGGCCAUUGGUUUGAUGGAGACGGAAUGAUUAGUAAGGUGGUGUUCAAGGACGGCCGAGUGUACGCACAAAACCGCUUCGUCUCUACAGAUUCUUGGGACCCCAACGCACCCGAAGGAAAGAGGGCCGCCGGGACUAGGAGGCCAUGGACACCGCGUCCAGGCGGGUGGCGGAAGAACGUCUUGAAGCAAACGGGCAAUCUCGCCAACACCAGCGUGAUGGUUAAGGGCGGGAAGUUGUACGCGCUGUACGAGGGCGGCAAGCCGACGGAGAUUGAUCCAGUGACACUAGAGACGCUCGGAGAGCGCGACCUCGGCGGGAUUCAGGCGUUUUACUCCGCACAUCCGACAACGGACAGAGAUACCGGGGAGACGUUCAACAUUGGAAUAGGAGGGGCGAAGGGGGCGUUGGAGAUCACGAAACUCUCCCCUGACGGUGUCCUGCAGAAGAGCACGACGUACACACCGCCUGCGUCACUUUUCUGGCAUGACAAUACUAUCACCGAUGAAUUCGUGGUGGCAGUGAGCUCGCCAUUCGCCGCAUCGCUCAAGUCAAUCUUCGCAUCUAUGCUUGGGUUCGGGCAGCUUGGGGACGCGUUUAGAUGGAACGACAACAUGAAGUCAGAGGCGUUUUUCUUCUCGAGGGAGACAUUGGAGUUGGUCAAGAGAGUUGAACUCCCUGGCGCGCCGUCGUCGUACCACAUCGUUAACGGCUUCCAAGAGGAGGGUAAAGGGAGCAAUGUAUCCGUGAUAAUCGCCAAGCACCGCGACGGCGGGGGCCGAGAAAAGAUCGAGACUGUCUUCAGAAACCUCAUGACGACCAGGUUCUCGGAAGACGUGUUGUGCGACGCGUACAAGUACGAGAUAGAUAUGGAGGCCGGGGAGGUGGUUUCCCACGGCCCCGCUGCUUCGAUGCAGGGAGCGUUGGCGAUGGAGCUACCCACGAUGGAUUUCCGAUACGUGGGCAAGCCAAGCCGGAUCGUGUUCACGAACGCCUUGCUUGGUGACCCCGGAUUCCUGAACAGCGUUCAGCGUGUUGAUCUGAGGGGGAAAAGCGGCGAGGCGUGGACGACACACGACUUCGGAGAGUCUCGGUACGCAGGAGAGCCGGUCUUUGUGCCUAGCUCGAAAGAUGCUCAAGAAGGGGAGGGGUACCUCAUCGUGCUCGUAUACAACACGAAGACGCACACAACCGAUGUAGAAGUUUUGGACGCCCAAAAGGUAGAAUCGCCUCCUCUUUGCACGGCACGCAUCCCGUGGCACAUGGGCGCCAGCUUCCACGGCGUUUUUACGCCGACGGCGCAUCUCUAG